ACUUUAAUUUUAUACAUAUUUUUAUAUGAACAAAGAGAAAUAGUUGAAUAGAUUAUUUUACAUAAACUACUUUUGUAAAUUGAAUAAUGAACCCUUUCAAUCCUCCUAUUUUAAGCUUUUCUCCCACACACACACACACACUCUCUCUCUCUCUCUCUCUCUCUUUUUAUAUAUAUAAAUAUAUAUUUAUCUAUAUAUAAUAUAAAUACUUAUCAAUCCUUCUUCUUCUAACUUUCUCCAUUACAAUAAUGAUAUUUCUAACUUUGAAUGAAAAGUAUUCACUGGCAUGGCUUCAGAUGAGUACGAUCAUUUUAUUUACAAUGCUUGGUUCUCUUUUCUAUUUACAUACAAACAUUUCAGAUUACAUGGAAACAACAAAAGAUAAAUUUGGUUCUAUUUGUACCUCUAUCAAUAGGUCCUCAGAGCAAAUUUACAACACACCCUUCAUUCUCUAUAAAGCCUCUCUCACUUCCAUGUAUACAACAAAAGAAAAUAUACACCGAAAUUUAUCAACAGCCCUUGAGAUGAUUGAAAGCUGUCUUGUAUUUCUCAUUCGCAUGUACAAAUCAACGUAUCAAUGCCUUUUAGGUCUUACCAUUCGUACUCUACUAUCAUUUGUAACAACGAUCGCGAGUCCUGUUGAAAAGGUCGCGAAUGGAAUCGCUUCCUUUCUUCAUCUAGGUGAUGGUACCUCACUUAACUGGACAACGUCCUUAAAUCAGCUACAGUCACAAGUGGAUCAAUGGUUUCAAAACGAUCAUGUACGAGAAUGGCUAGAUAUCCCCUUUGGUUCCCUUCAAGGUCAACUCAAUUCAUCCUUUCAUAGUUGGGAACCCCCUCUGCUGAAUAACCUAACCCACGAAUCCCUCUUUGAACAGCCCUGUGACCCUACUGCCCUCUUGAAUGCCCUUGAACGUGCAAGAGAUGAGAUGUUGUUCUUUGUCAAGGUCUUGAUGGGGGCUCUCGUGGGUGCAAUCGUGAUCUGUACAUUGGCUAACGUCGUGAUCAUUCGACUUCAACACACUCGCCUUACUCAAGCACAUGCUCACUUUUUACAACCAAAGGAAGAUGAGAAAAGAAAAGAUGAUGAUGAUGAUGCCUUGGAUCGCUAUAUGUGGUCUAUAUCGACUUUGCUCCCCUGGGAAAGACGAAAGAAUAGGUUCCAGCGUGUCCUUUAUUUCAUGAGUCAACCCAUUGUUCUUUAUUGUCUCUGUGUGGGUCUAGGAGGAUUAGGGUUGAUCGCCUUCUUGACCGCCACACUUGAAGGAGGCUAUCAUGAGAUUUAUAGUAGACUUGAAACGGAAGCUCAAGCAUGGACUCAGAACGCGACCUCCCUCUGGACAUCAAGUGCGACGCAACAAAUAGAUCAUCUCAAUCAAUGGAUCGGUACUGCAGAGUCGAGUCUGAAUGAUCAUGUCUUGAGCGUUGUUCAAAGUUCUGCAAUCGCCUUAAAUAGCACCUUAGCCAAUGUGGUGAAUGACGUCCAAGAGUUGAUUCAGACUGUCUUGGGUGGUACCUUCCUUGAGGGACCAGCAAAGGAUUUAACACGAUGUUUGUUAUUGAAUAAAAUUGAAAAUAUCGAACAAGGACUCACAUGGAUAGCGAAUCAUAGUUUUAUUCAUCUAAGUAGAUUAGAUGCAACUCCUCCAUUCAAUGCUCUCAUUGCGGGCCCUGAAAUGCAGGCAUCUAUUCACAAUCAUAUAGGCUUCGUUCAUGCGGAGAAUCAUUCCCUUUUCAUUACAGAGCAGUUGAAUAGUUUAUCGAGCUUUUUUCAAAUGUUACUUGUCUUUUGGAGUAUCAGUUUAUGUAUUUGUAUAGCCUUUCAACUUGACUAUCAUUAUUUUAAAAAAAAAUAAAUAAAAAAAAAGGGGGAUUUAUUAUUAUUAUUAUUAUUAUUAUUAUUAUUUUAAUUUUUGUUCCCUUAAAAAUAUCCACUCAAGCUCUAAUAUCUCUUUCCAUAAUUUACUCUGUUUCCCAAAGGCAACAGCGAUUGUUUCCUUUGCUGACACAAUCCACCUUCGAACACCCCUUUCAUACACCUUUUCUAAUCCUUUAUCACCUACCACCAAAAGUUCAGAUUGAACAAUUGAAUUCCAACCUGCUUUCGCCAUGAUCAGGAAAUGCUGUGCCAACAUGGGGUGAUAGGGAGGAUAAAUCACA